AAAUUAAGCGGAUGUAGUGAAAUCUGAAAGUAAUAUACUGUCUGAUGAAUUGUAUUUGGUUAGUGAACAAUGUUGUGACGUAAAAAUUGUAAUACAAUCAUAUGAUAAUCUGUUUAUUUUAUAAAUAUCAAAAUUUUCAAGAUUAUGUUAAAAUUAUUAGGACUUUUUCGAAUCAAUUUAACAAUAUUGAAUUAAACACAAAUUGAACUCUCAAAAAUGGUUCAUUUUUCGAAGUGCAUACUGGGAUUGUAAUGGUGGGCGCGUGAUUUUGAACUCAAUCGUGAUGUCUUCACUUAUUACAGUUAUUGGAAAUGAAGGUGAAAGUAUUCUUCCUGAAGUCGAAGAACUAUCAGAAUUUCAUCCAGAUCAGCUUUCAGAUUUUGUAGAUAUACAAGAAGAAUUGGAAAAAUUAGAAGCAAGUGAAAAUGUUACUAUUGAUGAAAUAAUGUCAAUACCAACUGUAGAUGAUGUUAAUGUUGUUGAUCAUGAGGUUACCAUUGUCGCAGAACAAGCAAAUGAAGAAGGUGCCAUAUUGCCAGAUAUAACGGAUAUAGAUGACCAGUCAAAAGAUUUGAGUGACUUUUCGAUCAUUGAGGAAAAUCUUGAUAUUGGAGAAACGAUUACUAUAGCAACACCAAGUCUACAUGAACAAAAAGCGGCUGACCAUGCUCAAAAAACAAAUACUAGCGAUCAAGAAAAGGUGAAGACUGCUCCUAUUAAGCCUGCUGUUACUCCAGUUGUUGAACAGGCCGCUGCUACUUUACCUCAGCUGAAAGCUAUUAGGCCAUUACCUGAUACUCUUAAAGGAAAAAAAUCUUUCAUUACAGUUGCUCAGCCAAAAAAAAAUGUGUUGACUAAGGUGAUAUUCACUCCCAACAAUCAUGCAGCGCCUGAUGCACCAGUUAUAUUUGGAGAGGCUGGAGGACAAGCGAUCAGAUUAGUUGGCCAGAACAAGACCAUAGUCACCUCCUCCCCUAAGACCAUUACUCUUGCCCAGGCCAGGGAGAUGGGACUGCUCACCUCUGGAAAAGUGCACCACUUAUUGCCGAACCAAUCUAAGAAUAUGGUCAAGAAGGGAAUGGUAGUGAGUGCAAACAAAACUGUUACAAUGGUCAAGUCAUCUCCAACUAAAAUCUUACCAUUGCCAACGUCUGGUCAGCUACAUCCUAUUGCUCCUUCGCCAACCAUCAACACCUUGACUUCAGCACCACAUAAAAUACUAAUACGUCAGUCUCCAACAGUAAAAUCUGGAACUUUCUCUGGAACUAUUCUAGCAAGCAGUUCCACUAGCACUCAAGGGCAGAUUCUACAAAUACCUACAUCCCAAGAAAAUAUCAACAAUCAAAUACAUCAAAUUCAUAUACCAGGGAAACAGGUUCAAUAUGUGAGACUAGUAAACCCAGCCACGACUGAGACCAUGGAGACUGUGAGCAAGUCAGAACCUGUCCUGAUCACGUCGGUCAGCACCCCCAUGUCCAGACCUAUCCCAGUGGCACUGACCACUAGUCUGUCUAACGCAUCUCAGCUUAAAGUGGUGCCUAUAGCUCCAGCUCAACCUUCUGCUUCUCAAAAUAAUAAUUCUUUUGAAAGAGUGCUAGUAAGUCCAGGUCUGAGUCAGUUAACAGCUACUGGGCCUGAUUCCAAACCUCCAACUAGUAACAUUGUCAUGGUUCCAGCAGAAUAUGUGAAACAGUACAAACCUCUACCAGUCACUAAUCAAUCUCCACCUUCACCACCAAAACCUACCAAUAAUGUGCCUCCACCACCGCCUUUACUCAACAAAUCAAAAGAAGUUGUGAGCAAUAAAGAAAUACAAUCAACGCCAAAAAGUAAAAUAUCUUCAGAGGGCCCAAAUGGAAUCAGGCCACGCAAACCAUGUAAUUGCACGAAAUCUCAAUGUUUAAAACUGUACUGCGAUUGCUUUGCCAAUGGAGAAUUCUGCUUCCAGUGCAACUGUAACAGCUGUUUUAAUAACUUGGACCAUGAAGAGGAGAGACAGAGAGCUAUUAAAGCAUGUCUAGAGAGAAAUCCUAAUGCAUUUCGGCCAAAGAUAGGGAAAGGAUAUGUUGGAGACGAAAGAAGACACAAUAAAGGCUGUAACUGUAAACGAUCAGGUUGUCUCAAGAACUACUGUGAAUGUUAUGAAGCAAAGAUACCUUGCUCAAAUAACUGCAAAUGUAUAGGCUGUCGAAAUGUUGAGGAGUCAAAGGAUGCUCGAGAAAGGAACAAUAGUGAAGGGAGUAAAAUAAAUCAACAAAUAGCAGUAAAAUCCAAAUUAAAGUCUGAAAUUGAAGAAUGUGUAUAUAAAUCUCAGAACUUCUUAACGAGUCAGGGCACAAGACAGCCUUUCAACUUGAUGACGCAAGAGGUGGUGGAGGCUACGUGUCAGUGUCUGCUAGCUCAGGGAGAUGGCCAGCUCACGGAGCAGGUGGAGAGAAUUAUUCUGGAGGAGUUUGGUCGUUGUCUCGUUGAAAUAAUUGAUUGUGCAACAAGGACAUCAGUGAAUAAUGUGACAUAACAUAAACUAUUUACUUCUACAAUGCUUGUCUACCAGAGAAAUAUUUAAAGAGAUAUGUGUUUUUGUGAUACAUUUUAGAUUUUAUUAGAGAUCAUUGUAUUUAAAUCAGUUACCUUUGCAUAAAAUGUUCUAUAUCAAGAUAAAGUUUUAUUGUAUAUAUUUUGUGUACAUUGUUAAAUUUUUAAUUUAGAUUAGUUUAUCUAACUUGAGAUUUAUGUUGAGUAUUAAGAGUGGUAAAUUAAAACGUAUAUUUUUGUAA